CUUUUUGUGUCUGGACCCAAAGACAUAUCAUUAUGGCCGUCAUCGAAGAAGUGGUAGAACAACAUGAGUUUAAAGAAACAACUAUCAAUGCGACCCCAAUCGGGAUUCUUGCAACAUCGGCUGAUGCUGACAGUAAUAAGGGCGAUCCCGAGCAAGUUAACGAAAAGAACAACAAUGAUAACGCUGAUGAGGAAGAAGAAUUCUUUGACAGUAGUGAAUACCAUCCAGAAGAGUUAGAACGAAUAUUGGAAGAGGCUACUGAAUACAAACAAAUUGGCAAUCGAUGUUUUGCUGAAGGGGAUUAUGACAAGGCGAUUGCUGAAUAUGAAAACGCACUAUUGGUCUGUCCACCUCAAUUGCCAAAGGAUCGAGCUUUAUAUUUUGGCAACAUUGCAGCUUGCCACUUGAAGAUGAAUAACUAUAAAGAUGCCCGAGACAUGGCUUCCCGGGCUCUCGACCUUGAUAAAUCCUAUACCAAAGCCUUAUUACGGCGAGCACAAGCAAACGAGCGAAUUGGAUCCUACACAGCGCUGAGUGACGCUUUGGAAGAUUACAAGCGACUGAGCACAUUAGAUAUUGAUACCUACACACGACGAGAAUGUGAUCGUGCCAAAGCACGACUGCCACCCAUCAUCAAGGUACAGAUGGAAAAAGAAAAGGAGGAAAUGAUGGGGAAACUGAAGGAUCUCGGUAAUACGAUUCUUGGUAAAUUUGGAUUAUCGACCGACAAUUUUCAAAUGCAAAAAGAUCCAGCCACUGGUGGCUACAGCAUGAACUUUGUCAAUAAAUAAAAUAUGCUUGGGAACUGUACCCAACACGAACUGAUAAAAAG